AUGUCUGCCUCUGAAAACCAGGCUGCUGAAGCCAGAAGGGACACAAGUUCCAGGAAAAUUGGCCCAACUGGCAACAAAAUCCGUAUUCGUUUACCAUUGCCACUGAGAAAGAGGUUGGCUGAAGGCCUUCAGACCAUAAGCACAGGAUUGCCUGAGGAUACGAAAAAACACGCUGCUAAGGAAGAAUCUGAAUAUACUGAUGACACCGUCGAAAACACCACAUUCAUUGACACUAAACUGAAGAUUGAAAAGGCAAGCACCAAGCCCCCUAGUAUCAAAUUAUCAGCAGAUGGAAACUUGAAAACCAUGUCAAAGGAUGGACUAUGUGAACAGGCAAAUAGCAACAGCCUGUGCAAAACCAUGUCAAAGGCCAGAGUGUGUGAAGAGGCUAAUUUCAUUGUCCCAGAACUGAAUCUGACAACCACUGCUGGCAUGCAAGAUAACACAGAAAGCAUUUGCCCGGUAAGAAAAGGGUCAUGUGAAGAGGGACACACAGACAUUAUGAGCAAUGGGCUGCCUCCUGAGAGCAGCAAAACAUCAAAGAAGGAAACAUGUGUAGGAGCCACGGACAAGACCCCAAGCAUGGAACUUUCAAUCACAAGAGUGCAAGGUGAAGUGGAAAAGAAUGACUCCAUUACUAAACCCUGUGAAGCUGCUAGUGAAAAUAUCCUAAGCAAGAAGCUACUCUAUGAGACAAACAGCAACACCUCAAGGAAGAGAGGAAGUGUGGAGAGGCAAAUGACUGUUUCCCAAUCAGACAAUCCGCUGAUCAAUCUAAUGACAAGAAAUUAUGCAAAAAAGCUGCGUACCUCUGCAGUACAAGCUACUGACACCAGCCAGAACACUUCUGGACUGAAACUUCCUACCUCUGUUGGCCUGGCUAUGGAACAAAGUACCAGCACUCCAUUCUUGGAGGCCACAAAAGUGUAUAAAGAGUUUGAGGAGAAGGUUAAGAGAACUGUAUACCUUGACAACUUGUCUCACCUAGCUACAGAUGCAGUCAUUACAAUGGCUUUGAACCAGUUUGGUAAUGUAAAAAAUGUCAGUUUUCUGACCAACUAUACAGUUCCAUUUGACAUUCCCCAAUCUGCAUUAAUAGAAAUGGAAACUGACAAGGAUGCUGAGUCUGUGGUCAACAUACUACAUGAGUUCCCAUUCAUUCUGUCUGGGAUGCCAAGGCCUGUGAGGGCGAAGCAUGCCACAGCUGAAAUGUUCAAUGACCAUCCACGGAACCUGGAAGGAAGAAAGAAUUCCGUUGGGUGGGCCCUACAGACCCUGAUUGUCAUAAUGUCAGAAAGUUUAAGUUGA